CAGUCGAGGACGAGGAAGAUGUGGUAUAUUACUGUUAUUUUCGGUUUUUUGGUUAUUGUACAGACAGCGUAUGCGAUAGGUAUUGAUCCAAUCGUCGACACGAACCCUGAUUUGACAAUUAAGACUUGCGGGCAAUUUCUCGAUGAGGAUGGUUUACUCUGCCCUGAAGGAUACAUAUACAAUAUAGUGACUGCUGCAGUUAGUGUAGAUGAUGCGGCAGACUUCAAUGCGAAGUGUUGCGUUGAGGUUGUGACUACUGUUGAUGAUCUAGCAGCUGUGGAGAUUAAGACUUGUGGACAGCUAUUCGAUGGGGAUGGUUUAUUCUGUUCUGAAGGAUUUAUAUACAGUGUAGCAUCUGCUGCAAUUAGUGUAGAAGAUUCGUCCAAUUUUAAUGCGGAAUGUUGCAUUUCGAUUGUGAACACUGUUGAUAACACGGUAGACGCCGUCGAUACGUUACUGUCGUGUACUGCAGCUAGGGUCCUUGGGGGACAGUAUGUUUGUACAGGGAGGCGUGUAUUCAAUGUUCUCAGUGUUUUGUCUAUUUCAACCGAGGCGGAAUACGACGGCUCUUGUUGCAGAGACCCGCAUUGUGAUGAGGCAACAAAUGACAUCGUUUUCGCGUGCGGUGCCAACCGCGUAUACAGUCCCUUAAGUGAUCUAACUGUCGAGAUCAGUUCUCUGGCUGAAUACGAUAGCAAAUGUUGUGCACCGGAGGAAGUUUUGUGUUCCGAGGCACUCUUGAGAGCAGAUUAUACCUGCGCAACCGGGCGCACAUUUAAUCUAGCGUCCGCAGCAACAGUUGUAUCAGGAGUAGAAAACUUUGACAGGGUCUGUUGCAGAGAUAGUUUCCUAUGUGGCCAACUCUUAAAUACUGAUGGCGAUACAUGUCCUGAGGGUAAGAUCUACAAUCCUCUCUCUGUUAACGCAAUUCUUGGCGAUGGUGGUACUUUUGAAAGUACCUGCUGUAUCGAUAUGGUUUGCGCCAAUGCCGUGUUAAGAGAUGGCUACACUUGUCCCGGAGUUAGCACAUACAAUGUAUUAUCUGAUGCUGUAAGAGUGACUGGAUUAGCUGAUUUCCAGAAUUCAUGCUGCCUGGACUUACAGUGUGCACGCGCUGUACUUCUGGAUGGUUAUGACUGUACGGGUGAUCGUGUUUACGACCCUAUCUCCGAUUUAGCAAUUUUAGGGAGCGCAGACGAGUAUGAUCAGACCUGUUGCUCUGAUAUGACGUGUUUGCAAGCUUUGCUCACGGAUGCCUACGCAUGUGCAGGUGUACGCGUGUACUCCCCUCUUUUAGAUAGUGUACUUCUGCCGAGUGUUAGUGACUACGACGCUAGGUGUUGUGAAGAUGCAACUAAAGUUGAGCUCAAAACGUGUGCCUCGGUAGCUGAUCUUGAUGGAAUCAUGUGCCCCGAGGGACGUAUAUAUCGCCCUGCGUCGGCCGCAGUCGAAUUAGAAAGAACUGCCCAUUUCGACUACGGCUGUUGUGAAGACGUUCAAUUAGAGAUACCAGUGUGUGCCCAGGAGCUUGGUGUGGUGGGUGCAGUAUGUUUAAAUGGCGGAGUGUAUAAUCCACUCUCUGCGGCUGUUUUUGUACCAAGUAUGGAUGAAUUCAGUGACAACUGUUGUCACCCGAAAGAGAAAGUAGAUUGCAACUCACAGGUUAGUAGAUGUCAAGGAGUAGCAGGAUUGAUCGGCAGUAUCUGCCUCGAUGGUCGAGUAUAUGACCCUCUUUCCGCCGAAAAUGCAAUAAGUGUAGGGUUGGAUGCAGAUUUCGACGCGAUUUGCUGCAAGACUGUGGAAGUGGAUGUGCGAAUAUGCGCGCAAGGUGUUGGCGCCGGGUAUUCGUGUGGAGAGGGGCAGUUGUACGACCCAUUAAAAGCCGGUCUACUGGCCCCUCUGGCCGAAGAUUUCGCGCUUUCCUGUUGCAAAGAUAUACUCAACUCUGAGACGCCUGUGGAAGUCUGUUCACAAGCUCUCGGUCGAGGUGGAUUCUUAUGUGGCAAUAAUAGAGUGUAUAGCCCAUACUUGGCAAGUAUCGCGUUGGGUUCGGGCUCCGACUAUGACGCAAAUUGCUGCAUGGAUGUCCAGGUAGACGUGCAAGUGUGUGCGCAAGGUCUGGGUGUUUUAGGUUUUGAGUGCCCAAGUGGCACGAAGUACAAUCCCCUCACAGCCAACGCUUUACUGAGUCGUGCGGGAGAUUUUGCUUCACUCUGCUGCGAAGAAGACACCGAGUGCGAGCCAGUUUGUAAUGACAACCCAAUCAAUACCUGCGUAGAUGCGCUUGGGUUGAAAGGUUUCUUGUGUGGCGAUGGACGUGUGUAUAGCCCACUUUUGGCACUUUUGCCCUUAAGCGAGGCAUCUAAUUUCGACUCCGCUUGUUGUGAUACGGAUCCAAAUCUGAAAGUGGAUCUAUGCGCUGGUGUGCUAGGUGUUGCAGGUUAUGUAUGUCUUGAUGGAAGUGUGUACUCACCGGAUUUCGCCGACAACGUUGUAUCGGAUGCCUCUGAUUUCAACGGUAAGUGUUGUACAGUUACCACGGUAGUUAACGAAGUUACGGAGUGUGUCCAGGCCCUUGGAAUCAGCGGCUAUUCAUGCGGCGAAGGACGCGUUUAUGAUCCCACGUCUGCGUUGGUUGGUGUGGCGCUCACCGCUGAUUUCGAUCAGCUUUGCUGUCAAGAUGAUAUGUCAUCGCUUGUGCAAGUAUGUGCCCAAGUGUUGGGGGUUAUUGGCAACAGCUGUAGCACAGGGCGUCAGUACAAUCCUCUAUCAUUGGAUGUUGAGCUUCUUGGCGAUAAAACCUUUGAUGAAUUAUGCUGUGAGCCGAUCCCGGAUUACAACUCAGAUGUACCCGACUGUCAACCGGCGUGUAAUGAGCCUGGGUUACAACCAACAUGUGUUGAAGCACUUGGCCUUACCGGCUACAAUUGCGGUCUGGACAGGGUGUACAGAUUGAAUUUAGCAGAUGUUCUGCUUUCUUCGGCGGACGAUUUUGAUACGAAGUGCUGCGGUCCCCCAGAAUGCUCGCAAGCGUUGAAUUUGGCCGGGUUCUUAUGCGCAAAUGGCCAUAUAUAUGACCCCGACUCAAAAGACCUAGAAGUAACUGCGAAAGCUGACUUCGACACUCAGUGCUGCGAACAGGACACAUCGGUGAAUAUAUUGGCGUGUGGCGAUGUGCUUGGUGUAGCUGGCUUUUCCUGUACCAGUGGACGAGUAUUUGAUCCCCUUCGAAUUUUAGAUGUUGUGGACGAAGCAUUCGACUCGUCAUGCUGUAAAGAUAGUCUUCUGGCACUCGACGCACAGCUGUGUGUUCAGGCGCUAGGACUCGGCGAUUACACAUGCGACGAUGGGAACGUGUACAACCCUCUUAAAGCAAACGUGGGUAUUGCACUCGCCAGCGAUUUCCAGGAAGCCUGCUGUAAACAGGAUGUCGAGGUGAAAGUAUCAACUUGCUUGUCGGUUCUGGGAUUGAUUGACUAUUCCUGUGGCCCCAACCGGAAGUUCACACCGAUCUCCCUCAGUCUUCAACUGACCGGACCGGAGGACUUUGAUGCCAACUGUUGCGAGGAUAUUGGAUCAGGUAGUUACAACCCCGACCUUCCCGACUGUACUAGUGCCUUGGGCGUUGAUGGUGUAGGCAACUCAGACAACACAACUGUCGUACCAGAAGGAGAAACCCCGACCGACCCAGAUACAACUUCAAGCCCCCAGUCAUGCAAUGCCGCCAGAGCAGAUGGUGUGUGGAGUUGUUCGAGCCAGGACAUGUACGAUUAUCCAUCAAAUGAGUCGCAAGUCUCCGACCUCAGCGAAUACAGGACCCUCUGCUGCAAAGAGAAACCAUGCAUGACGCUUGUGAGCAAAGGGCGAGUGCUGUCCGUCGAUCAGGUAUGCAUACGGCCCACCGAACCGAGCUCUGGAGGUGACGGCGGAGCUGCGCCAGCCGAUGGGGGCGCGAACAGCACCGACAGCUCCGGCGCAGGUGGUACAGGCAAUACGACAAGCGAUGGAGGGGCGUCUACGACUCCUGAGGGGGAUACUUCCGGUGGCACUUCAGGGUCAGGCGGUACUACUGAUGGGUCCACAACCGGGUCUACAGAUACUUCGUCCUCAGGAGAUAGUUCUAUUAGAAUAGAGCCUCGCAUGUGCAAGUCCUUGAUAGACGAUCUGGAUCUAUGCAAAGAUAGCCUGUGCACGAAUGUCGGUAUCGACCCCAACUCAGCGGCAUGCGUGUGUAACGGCGAGUUUGAGAACGAUCCGUACUGUAACGCGUGCACCGUGAAUGGCUGUGACCAGUGUGUGGCCAGUGCAAACGGGGAGGAGAUAUACCGUCCCCGUAUUAACGAUCAGUUUGGUCUCGAGGACAACCUAGGCCUCUCCACUCCGUUGGCUAUUGGUCGGUGGUGUGUGGAGUGCAAUGUCCACGAUAUUGCGAACGUGUGGGAAUGCACACAGUGCCAAGACGAUGUUGGUUGCAUAUCAGGUAUCGAUCUGACUACGAAUCUGCCGGCCGCCUUGACAUCCAGUGAUAUUGUUCCUAUGAAAUGGGUGGAGACAGGAACGCGUUCGCUCUUUGACAUUACCGGUCCCAAUUGGGUUCUAGCACGAUGUGAUGGUACGGAGGAUGCCGGAGUCUGUUUCGAUCAGCAAUCUUACGUAGAGCCAAGUCCUCUCCGUUAAGUGAUUCUGGCUAUGUAUUAAUUGUACUCGUAUACCUGACAAGGGAUACGAAUGCAAGUGAUGGAUACCAAGACGAUCUUAUUGUACGAAGUUAGUAUCAACAUUUGUCCUAAAAUAAAUAUAUAAAAUUGGAAUUCUGAAAUAAGAUCGCAUCUUUAUG